AUGUACAUACACAGAAAUACACACGCACAGACACAUGUACAUACAGACACAUGUAUGUACACAUUCACACAUGUACAUGCAUGCACACACAGACACGUACACAUACAUGUACAUACACACAGACACACGUACAAAUACACACAUGUACAUACACACAGACACGUGUACAAAUACACACAUGUACAUACACACAGACACAUGAACACAGACAAAAUGCACACACACAUACACACCCUAUAAAAAGUUGCAGUACUUCGUUGUUCACUCACAGAGCCAGGUACUGCAGUCUAGGGGGAGGCAGAGAGCACAGCACACACUCCUUCCUUUGAUUUUACUGCGCUCAGCUAUUGAGCAGUCUGAGGACUCCCAAUGACAGAUCCAGCCUGAGCUCCGAGCCUGCUCAGCAAGACAGCCCUGGGGCACACACUCGCCCCCACCAUAAUUUCCACUCACCAUUGGCGAGCAAGCGAGUGAAAAUUUUAAGGCCUGGUAUA